CCAAGUUUCCAAGUCUCCAAGUCUUCCCUGGAUCGACGUCCCUAAACCUCCGAAAAUCUCGAAUUCAAUUCAUCCGGUCCUUCAAUGAGAAGACAACACUCGUUUCCGUCUUUCUCUUGUCUUCUAUUUUCUAUUUCAUCUUUCUACAGUCUACGACCUGAUUGAGAAAAGGGAUUGGGGUUGAUAUCUGGUUAUAUCACUAUGCCUUCCCCUAUGAUGAAAGCCACUUUGGCUGCUGCAGCUCUAUCCAGCGCAUCUAACAUUCUCGCCCAAUUCCUCGAAGCCUACCGAGACAGCAGUCCUUUCGUUUUCAAUUUCGCCAAAUUCUUCCAAUUUGUCACCGUUACCUUCGUGACAGCCCCUCCUAAUUAUAUGUGGCAACAAUUGCUCGAGCGCAACUUUCCCGCAUACGAACGAAAGGAGCCCGUCGAGGACGUCGAGAAACAAACCACACGCGAUGAAGAUGGGGAAGUCCGAGGAGACUUGGAACAGAAGCCAAAACUGAAUUGGCGCAACACAUUCACGAAAUGGUUUAUCGAUUGUAUCACACUCGGUGCUAUCAUGAAUACGGUUGCAUUCUUCGUACUUAUGGGCAUCCUGAAAAGGCAGUCUAUGGGUCAGAUCAGCUACAACGUUAGACACGAGACGAUUCCCGUCAUUGUUGCCGGAUACAAGAUCUGGCCAUUCGCAUCGAUCAUCAGCUUUAGUUGCGUGCCGGUGGAGCGACGGAUCGUCUUUCUCAAUUUUGUGGGACUCUUGUGGGGGAUUUACAUGAGUCUCGUCGCCUCCAGAGUUUAAACGUGAUAGUCGAUCGCGAUCGGCAUAUUAGACAGAUUCGACACAUGGAAACCACGCGAGAUCGUAACGGUGUAUCUUGAUCAAUGCGCAUUACUGGAUUACAAAUAGGGCUGCCGGGAGAAAUGGAUUAUGUGUAACUUAUGUACGUACUAAACGACGCAGUAAACACCAACAUGUGCCCGUGUCUCGGAUCCAGGCUCGUGUAACAUACGGAAGUGACUCCCCAGCCUAUCCUUCGCUGCAAGUAGCCGUGACCUUUGCUACCGGUCGAAAUCAUGCGUCUACUUAAAAAAAGGGGGGGGAUCAAAUACCUACACGCCUAACCACAUGUCCGCCGGUUAUCUCCACAAUAUGAGUAGGUACUUACAUAGUAGGUAGGUAGGUAAUUUUACUCAUUUUAAGAUUGGCGGUACCUAGAUAAUAUGU